AUGUUUUUCACAAUAGUUUGGUCUGACUCUUAUAAAAAGACACUAUUUUAUAAAUUUGGAGAGCUUUUGUCGGCCAUCAUCUUGGCGAUUAUUUUGCAAGUGCUUUCCCAUUUCCUCGAUGUCUGGAAUAACGGUAUUCCGUUGGAUGAGACAUUGCCGGACAUAACCGAGGAGUUCUACCAAGGAGCAAUUCGAAUUCUCUUCAGUUCGAUCAAUGUGGUGAAGCACGCUGGAAAGAAAGUCUCACGAGCUGAGGCAUUGCUUUUGAUUCAGAUGGUGGCUAACUCAAUUUGCGUGAUUAUCUCCUGGUAUGUUCAAACGUUUCUCCAAGCCAUCGUUUCGCUUUAUUUCGGCCCUACCACUUAUUGGUUUAUAACGAAUUUUGGUGCCACACUGCACAUGAUCAUGUUCGAAUUUGGCAUUAUUCUCAUCGAUGCAAUCUUUCUGCAAGGGAAAAGAGAGAAAAGCAAGAAGAAAAAGGGAUCACAAAGCGUUUCUGCUGUUUCCAAUACUGUGUCCACAAAAAUUUCCAAUUUCUCGAAAACCUCGAAAAUUUCAAGAAAA